AUGGAAAUCCCAUCGAACUGGCAUUCCCGCCGAAACUUCCGUCGCCGGGCCGAAUCAACAAGCUGUCCCAAUUGUAAGGAUUUUGACUGGGAUGAGCUCCAACGGCACGCAUGGGACACCUUCUUUACACGACCAGAGGACAUCGCUCACUCAGCCAGAAGGGGGUGUGCUACAUGCCAUAUGCUCUCCAAGGCCGUCGAACAUUGUUAUCCGGCUGUGGCAAGCAAUCCCAGCGGAUACAAGAUUGCCUUCCAUGGCCUUGAUGGGCCAAUACACUGGGAUGUUGUAGGUCCCGGUGAAGAUCUACUAGACGCGACCAGACAGAAUAACUUCAUCGAGAUAUUUUCACACCAAGUAGGCGACUCAUGUCCGUGGCCACUCGUUGGGCCCGCGGAUAGCAUCGACUACAGCCUCGAUGGUGCCCUGAUACAGACUCGGGGAUGGCUGACAACUUGUCAGGGCCAGCACCCUCGAUGUGGCAUCGCAAAUGAGACAGCCUUGCCCAAGAGGGUGGUUCGAAUCAGCCGAGAAACAAACGGUGACAAGACCGAAACUUCGGAUCACCCACAAGUGCACCUCUACGAAACCCGAGAUGGGGAGCUAGGAGAAUAUGUUUGCCUCAGUCAUUGUUGGGGUAAAACUCAAAUUAUCACGACCACAUCUGAUAAUAUUGAGAAGCACAAGGUCCAAAUCGAAUGGUCAGAUCUCUCCAAGACAUUUAGAGAUGCCAUCAUAUUUGCGGACAAGAUAGGCAUCGACUUCAUCUGGAUAGAUUCCCUCUGCAUCAUCCAAAAUAGCCGUGAGGAUUGGGAGUCAGAGGCUGUCAAGAUGGCAUCCUAUUAUAUCAACGGCGAAUUCACCAUCGCUGCCACCUCGUCUACGGGUGGUUCUGGUGGUUUAUAUCACACAGUCCCCCCGGAGGAAGAAGCAUUGCAAAUUGAAGGAUUGGAUCCAAAGAGCAACACAAAUUUUGGCGUGUGGGCGCGCAGGUCUGUCGCUCACCACCACGACGUGUUGGAAGACAAGACAAAAACAAAUGAGCGGUUUCCCCUUUUGACAAGAGGAUGGGUCUAUCAAGAAAGAAUCUUGUCUCGUCGAUUUCUUCACUUUGGGCCGAGGGAAGUUCACUGGGAAUGUCACGAAGAGGUGUCAUGCCAGUGCGGUGGCAUCAAGGGCGCCCUUGAGCUAAAUCCAUCAGGGAAAGAAACGGCCAACCAAUCCCUAGCCAUCAGCCAAACUCAGCUCCAAAUGGACAAAAUGGUGCUUUUAUGGAGCCGACAAAUUGAGAACCUAACAAGACUCGACUUUACGUAUAUCAGCGAUCAUCUGGCGGCCUUGGCGGGCAUUGCAACACUGAUGGUACAAUCUGGGCAGUCUAGCAGAUACCUCGCUGGACUUUGGCAGGAUGGGAUAUUGUUUUGGUUAUGUUGGUCAAGCACCAAAGGCGGGACCAGAUCGAAGGCACUCUCCGGGGUGCCUUCGUGGUCCUGGGCAUCCGUUUCCGGGAAGAUUACCUAUGACUUCAUGACUCACUACUUCCAAACCGGGCCAUGGGGAGAACGAGGCCAUAGGCUGUUGCUACUUGUCAAAGCAUCUCAAGUCAAAGUUGAGAAAUGCAUCCCUGAUCGGCCACCGCUCUCUGGGAAAUUGGAACUGGGAGUGUUAACAAUCACUGGAGAUGCAGCGCCAGCUACGGUUCGAUGCAAAAGUCAAGCGGACGGAGAAACAGUGUUUGAGUUUAUACUGGAAGAGGGAUCUGGACAUCAUGAACCCAAUGAUGUCCAGUUUCAUUGGCCUUUCCAAUGCGACUCGGACGAUCCGGAUAGUGUAGCAGAACUUGACGGCCAGAGUGUCCUUGUUUUGCAUCUGCUCAGCUACGAGAGAUUGUGGGUUGAGUACGAUGGGGCUUAUUGGAUGAGAUCAAUGCUUAUUCUGAAACCUAUUGAUAAGGUUAAGAAUAGGCAUUGUCGAGUUGGGAUGUUGUACACAAAUGUCAGUAGACACUACGUUCCCGCCAAGGCGUGGCGGGAGAUGGAGGGUAGAUACGGGAUGCCUCUGGAAGAGAUGGAGGAUGUUUUAUUACGGAAGUUUAGGAAGCUGGCUACGGAGCAAGUAGUCGAAGUGAUUUAA